GUCCUAGAGCGGCCGCGCGGACCAGCCGGCGGCGCACUUCCGCCCGCGCCGUCGCCGCCCGCGGACCGCCGGCCUCGCUGCGGGUGCGCCUCCCGCGGCUGCCCCGGGCCGGGCUGGGGUAGAAGAUGUCCAUGGAUGUGACGUUUCUGGGGACAGGCGCGGCAUACCCAUCCCCGACCCGGGGUGCCUCUGCUCUGGUUCUGCGGUGUGAGGGCGAGUGCUGGCUCUUUGACUGUGGGGAGGGAACCCAGACGCAGCUUAUGAAAAGCCAGCUUAAAGCAGGGAGAAUUACCAAGAUCUUCAUCACACAUCUUCAUGGAGACCAUUUCUUUGGCCUUCCCGGCCUCCUCUGCACCAUCAGCCUGCAGAGUGGCUCCACGGCCACCAGACAGCCCAUUGAGAUCUACGGCCCCGCAGGCCUCCGGGACUUCAUCUGGCGAACCAUGGAACUCUCUCACACGGAGCUGGUCUUCCCCUACGUGGUCCACGAGCUGGUGCCUACGGCAGAUCAGUGUCCUGCAGAAGAACUGAAAGAGUUUGCACACCUGGGUGGAGCAGACAGCUCUCCCAAAGAGGGACUAGGAAGGACUAUCCUGCUGGACUCGGAAGAAAACUCAUACCUUCUGGUCGAUGACGAGCAGUUUGUUGUAAAAGCAUUUCGCCUCUUUCACCGAAUCCCCUCCUUUGGGUUUUCCGUGGUGGAGAAGAAGCGCCCAGGUAAACUCAAUGCCCAGAAGCUGAAAGACCUCGGUGUUCCGCCAGGUCCUGCCUAUGGGAAGCUGAAAAACGGAAUUUCUGUUGUUCUGGAAAAUGGAGUUACAAUUUCUCCCCAGGAUGUCUUAAAAAAGCCCAUUGUUGGAAGAAAAAUCUGCAUUCUGGGUGACUGUUCCGGGGUGGUGGGCGAUGGGGGCGUGAAGCUGUGCUUUGAGGCAGACCUGUUGAUCCAUGAAGCCACCCUGGAUGACGCCCAGAUGGACAAGGCGAAGGAGCACGGCCACAGCACGCCCCAGAUGGCAGCAGCGUUUGCGAAGCGGUGCCGCGCAAAGAGGCUGGUUCUGACUCACUUCAGUCAGAGGUACAAACCAGUUGCCUUGGCCAGAGAAGGAGAGGCAGAUGGGACUGCAGAGCUGAAGAAGCAGGCCGAAUCAGUGUUAGAUUUCCAAGAGGUGACUCUAGCAGAGGAUUUUAUGGUGAUUGGCAUUCCAAUCAAGAAGUGAAGCCAGCGUUCCUGGAUCCAUACCGACAUGUCCACGAAUAUGUUACUGAACCAACAAAGUUUGUUGUUUUGGUCUAAAAUUAUUUGGGUCCCAUAAUCCUAAAAAUGAUGGCGUGUCAUUGCUGAACUGAUCCAGCAGUGAGAGGGAGCAAGUGUUUUUAUAAUAAAUCACUUCAAAAAAUAAAGCAAAAGCUAGCAUCCUUUUUAAAGCCCAGUUUGACAAAAUGACAGCCUCUUCAGGUGCCCUUUACGUUUUGGGCUGCUGCCUCAGAUGUACCCCAGGCAGUCCUGGGCUUAGCUUCUGCCAGCCUUAUUGCUGUUAUUGGCAAAGUACGCAGGGCUUGGCCCUCGUGGCUAAAAAUGGUAUUUUGGCAGUUUGUGUUGAACCUGUUCAUGUUAUUAACAGGAUAGAGAGAAGUAGAAGGAGACAUUGGACACGCAGGAUUGAAGCCGGCAUGUUGGAUCUUGAAUUCUUGGCUGGAGUGCUGACUGCAGGGUCAGGCUAGGUGUUUAUCCUUUAAUUAAUGUGUUAUUGAACUUUCCUGUUUGCUCUAAACGUGUGGUCCUCAGCUCAGGUAAUACCGCUCCCCUAGCUGGAGUUUUGAAAUUGUGGGGAUGUUUCUUGUCAAAAUGACUGGCCGGUGUUUUUCAGUGGUUAAGAGUGUUGGCCUGCAAACCGAAGGGUCUUGGGUUUGAUUCCCAGCCCCAGUUGGGGUGCGUGCAGGAGGUAACCAGUCGAUGUGUCUCUCUCAAUCAGUGUUUCUCUCUCUUCUUCUCUCUCUCCCCCUCCCUUUCUUCCACUCUCUCAAUGAAAAAAAUAUCCUCAGGUGAGGAUUAACAACAACAAAAAAGAAAUGACUGGGAGGUGGGGGGAGAGUACUACUGAUAUUUAGCAGUAGGAGCCAGGGAUGCUAGAUUCUGUAAAGUUUGGGUCAGCUCUGUACAAUGAAGAAUUAUCUCACCCCAAAAUACAAAUUGCAGGCCUGUUGAGAUACAUAGCAAAUUAAAAUGUAGGCUCCCAAUAUGAAUAUAUUUUAUCAAAAUCCAUGACAUAAUGAAUUGAACUACUAGGUAAAGCAUAUUCUACAACAAAUCCUAAAGAACUAGCUAAGUGAAUUGGAAUGUAAUAUCAAAUAUUAUUUGACAGAAAUGAGCCAUAGCUGGAACUUACGAAUGUGGAGGUAAAGAAAUGAUACCUAUUCAACUGCAUUUAAUUUACAUAUUCCUAUUAGUAAUUCUUUGAGCACAUUUUAAAUAAAUGUCCUUUCUAGAAUAGCUUUUCCUUCUCACGUGCCUUCUACCUCCUUUCUGCCAUGGGGUAUCUGACUCAUUAGACCCCAAUAUUUCUCAAAAUGUGUUACAUGGAAAGCUAGUCUCAAGUACUGGUUCAUUCAAAAGAGUUCCCUAAUCAAAUCAGUUUGGGAAAUCCUUUAUGCUAUGUGUUCCUGUGGGAGUGUCCUAAUACCCUUUGCUAUAUUAAAAACUGUACUGCUUAAGUGGUCAUAAAUCAGUUUUGGUGUCAGAAAGACCUGCUUUCCGGGUUCCAUUUUGUUCCUUACGGUGGAACCUGUGUGGUCUGGAGCAGAGUAGUUACUCUCUCUGAGCUUCCACUUGCUCAUCUCUAAUAGGAAAAAAUAAGACUUGCCUCCCAGGAUCAUUGCGAAAAUGAAGUGAGACAGUGCGUAAAAGGAGCACAUCACCUUGCUUCACGGUGUUGAGACGUCUUGCAGUACAGGGCUGUCAACUUUAUUGAACCCCCUUCUCAGUCCUAUUUCAUCACAUACUAUCUAUUUCCAUCUCAAGAACCCAGAGAGUUUUAGAGUACACUAGAGGCCCAGUGCAUGAAAAUUCAUGCACUUGCGGGGGGGGGCGCGGGGUCACGUCCCUCAGCCCGGCCUGUGCCCUCUGGCAGUCUGGGAGCCUCUGCGGGAGGCUACCAGGUAGGCCAAUCAGGACAGCACUGGCUGGCUGAGCGGCCCCACUCCCUUCAUCACACCUCUGCCGCCGCCGCUGGUCACUGCUGCCCCCCAUUGCUGUCCCCUCCCUCCGCCUGCUGGCUUGCGCCUUGGCUGGCCUGGUGCCACCUGCUCGCCAGCCCCGACCCCCCCCCCCCCACCACCACCAGUAGUUCCGCCGUUCAGUCAAUUUGCCUAUUACUCUUGUAUUAUAUAGGGUAUUUAAAAGUAUUGUGAUGGUGUAAACUAUUAAAUUCCUUUGAGUUCUAGGGCUUCUCUAGUAAAAUUUUUUGACUCCUGGAUGGUUCUGGAGUCCCUAGCGUAGUGAUAAGAUGGUCUAGUAACUCAGGAUCUCAGUCAUUCUGAAGCCGUCUUCACAACAGCCCCAUUCUGCCCUACUCUAGGCUGCCGGCCUGGCAAAGUACCGAAGUUUGACCAGGCUUAAAGUGAAACUUGGUUCCUGAACUCUUUUCAAACAAGCAUUUAUUAGACACUUACUCUGUGACCAAACCUGUACAAUAGGGAAUGGCUAAUACUAGUACCUCUGCUGCUGCAUGGAGCUCUUGAGGUUAAAGACUGUAUCUUAGUCACCUCUCCAUUCUCAGAAACACCCACCCAGAGCAGCACCCAGAAAUGUGUUUUGAAAGAAACGAGGUCUUGAUAUCAUGAAUGUGCAAACUUCAGGGCUUCAAGUGAAGGUCUGUGCCUAGUCCACUUCAUUCCUGUAUUUGUUCAAAAAUGUCUAAAUACCUGGUUUGGUGGUGUCCUGUUCACUGAAAACCAACUAAAUGCCAGGCCUUCCUGUGUUGGGACAGGGUAACUCCAGGUGACAUGUGGACACAGAAUGAUGGACAUAUUUUCCAGAUUAAAAAGCUGUUAUAUCCAGGAUAACAAGGAAGUUGAAGAGGGUACCCAAGUUUACCCAAAGAGAAAAAAUAUUUCGACUCCUAAAUAAAGCUAGCAGAGAAACACUGUUGCUCAGAUGUCAGCGUGCUAAUUAUAUACGCAGCAGACUUGGCAGGUACAAAGAUUAAAUUCGCCCACAAAAAAGUAAAAAGGGAAAGGCAAGGGAUCAAGUUUCCAGCUAAAUAAAUACCCCUGCCACUUCCAGAAACUGUGCAGGCAGCCUCAGGUAGAGCUGAGCCCCAUUUAGUCCUUCAGUGUCACCAAAAUGAAACCAAGGUUAUUUUGUCUAGGUGGUUCUCUGCAUUGUCGUGCCUUCCAGAGGUCAUAGGCUUGUCCACAGGAGCCCAUAUCCCCGUCAGACAUCCUGGACUGGGGUUGACCUUGUCGAAACACCCACGUCUGGGUGAGCAGCCCGAAUGCUGAUCCUCACUGGCUCACCCGCAGCCUUGCCAUGGAACACGUCUUCACACAGCCAGUGUGUCCUGGAACACGAUAGGUUUGCUCCCCCAUACGCCUUUGCUGAAAGGCAGUAUGAUCUGCUGCCGUGGUCUUCAAACUAGGGCAGUGCUUCUCAACCUUCCUAAUGCCGCGACCCUUUAAUACAGUUCCUCAUGUUGUGGUGAUCCCCAACCAUAAAAUUAUUUUCGUGGCUGCUUCGUAACUGUCAUUUUGCUACUGUUAUGAAUCGUCAUGUAAAUAUCUGAUAUGCAGGAUGUAUUUUCAUUGUUACAAAUUGAACAUAAUUAAAGCAUAGUGAUUAAUCACAAAACAAUAUGUAAUUUUAUAUGUGUUUUCCGAUGGUCUUAGACGACCCCCGUGAAAGGGUCAUUCGACCCCCAAAGGGGUCACGACCCACAGGUUGAAAACCGCUGAACUAGGGUAUUUGUACCCCUGGGGUUAGGCAAAGACUUUUCUGAAGAUACACGGGCAUUCUUUCACAUGAAAUAUUUCCUAAAGUCCAUCUUCCUGGGAACUAGUGUAGACAGGGUCUGCUGGUUCCACUGCACCAUGCUCCAGUCCAGAUGACAAGCAGCUGGGAUACCAAAGAAAGAGAUAACUGGAAUACUGGUAUUGGGGUUGGAACCUGAAUGAUUAGAUACAUUCUUUUGCAAGUUGGGUAGUUUCCAAUUUGUUGCUUUGAACAAAAUUGAAGGAGGAUCUAAUCAAAUCCAGAUCAAGGAGUAUAUCUCAUCUGUCUAAAGAUAGAUUUUUAAAAACAUCUUUAUUGAGCUAUGAUUCACAUACCAUACAACUCAAUGGGUUUUCAUCUUUUCACAGAGCUGGGCAGCCAUCACCACUAUCAAUUUUAGGACAUUUUCAUUAUCCCCCAAAGAAACCCCAUACCCUUUGGCAGUCACUCCCACUUUCCUCCCAAGCUCCCAGCCCUAAGCUAUUUUCUACCACUAAUCUACUUUCUAACCACUAAUUUACUCUCUGUCUCUAUAGAUUUGCCUGUUCUGGAUAUUUCAUAUCAGUUGAAUCAUACAAUAUGUGGUCCUGUGUGACUGGCUUCUUUCACUUAGCAUAAUGUUUUCAAGAUGUAUCCAAGUUGUAGCUUAUAUCAGUAUGUACUUCAUCCCUUUUUAUGGCCAAAUAUUCCAUUGUAUGAAUAUACCACAUGUUUUUAUCCAUUCACCAGUCAAUCCAAUGAUAGAUUAUUUACAAUAUGCUUACAUUAGGAAUGAAAAAGGAGAAAUUGCUACAGAUCUUAUUAAUAAGUUAAAAGAGGAUACUAUAAGUAACUUUAAUUUUAGCUAAAAUUACUAAAACAACUUUCUUAAAAGAAAAACACAAUUUUCCAGAAGUGACACAAGGAAAAAAAGGUGACUAUUCAGAUUUUCUGUUUAUUAAAGAAAGUGAAUUUGUGAUUAAAACUCUUCUAAAAACAAAAACAAACCACCUCCAGGCCCAGAUGGUUUUGCUAGUGACUCAUUCUAAACAAUUAGGGAAGAAAUAUACCUUUAUUCCACAAACACUUCCAGAAAAUAGAAAAGAGGGAACACUUCCCAACUCAUUUUAUGAGGUCAGUAUAACCUUGAUGCCAACAUUUAAGGAUGUUAAAAGAAAGGAAAAUUACAGACUAAUUUCUCUUAUAAAAACCCUAAAGAAAGUAAUUAGCUAAUUGAAUCCAGUAAUGUAUAAAGAAUAAGAUAUCUUGGAAAAAGGAGUUUAUUCCAGGAAGGGAAGGUUUGUUUAACAUUUGAAAAUCAGUAUUAUAUGCCACAUUAAUAUAAUUAAUGGGGGAAAACUGGUAAAAUGAUCUUAAUAGGUACAUUAUUGAUAAAAACCUAUUACUCAUUAUAAGAACUUUUGCAUAUUAAGAAUAGGGAAUGUCCUUAAUCUGAUAAAUAUCUGCAAAAAAUACAAUAAAUAUUACAUAUAUUUUACAAUAAAAUAUUGAAAGCUUUCCUCCUGGUAUCAGAAAUAGACAGGAUGCCCACUGAGUACCACUUCUAUACAACUUUGCUUUGAAGGUCUUAGUGUAGUAAGACAAGAAAAAUGAAUAAAAGGUAUAAGGAUUUAAAAAGAAAUAAGACCCUGCCCUGGCCGGAUAGCUCUGUUGGUUAGAGCGUCGUCCCAAUAUAUCAAGGUUGCGGGGUCCAUUGCCUGGUCCGGGCACAUACCAGAAUCAACCAAUGAAUGCAUAAGUAAGUGGAACAACAAACUGAUGUUUCUCUCUUUCUCUCCCUCUCAAGUCAUUCAAUCAAUAAAUAAAUAAAAGGAAGAAAUAAAACUCAUUGUUAGCAGAUGAUAUGAUUAUGUACAUAGAAAAUCCAAAAGAAUAAAGGAGAUAACCUGUUAGGAUUAACUAGUGAAUUUAGCAAGGUUGCUGGGUAUUCAAUUAGAAUAAAGAAAAACAAUUUUGUUUCUAUAUUCCAACAACAAACGAGUUGAAAAAAUUUAAAUGACACCAUUUACAGGAGCAUUGAAGCCAUCAAAAAUUCAGGAAUAAAUCUAAAGAAAAAUAUAUAAGACUUAUCUAUUGAAAAUUAAAAAAUAUUCAGAUAUAUUAAAGAAGACUCAAAUAUACAGAACAGCACACCAUCUAAAUAAAUUUGGAAAAUUUAGUAUUGGAAAAAUGUCAUUUUUUUUCCUAAAUUUAUCUGUAGUUUCAAUGUCAAUCAAAAGCUCUGCAGGUUUUUAUGUGGAUAUAGAUGAGGAAAUUGAUAAGCUGUUUCUGAAGUUUAUAUGGACAUACAAAGGGCCAAGGAUAGCCAGGAAAAUCUUGAAAGAACAGCAUUAGGAGACUUCACUACCAGAUAUAAUGUGUUAUUGUUGUAAGGAAGACAUAAUGGAGUGAAAUAAAGUCCUGAAAAAAAAAACACCACACAUAUAUAAUAUUUUAUUUAUGACAAAUAUGAAAUUCCUAUGCAAUAGGGAAAGGAUUGUCUUUUCAAUAAAUGAGGGUCAAUCAGAUGUCCAUAGUGAGAAAUAAUUACCUUGAUUCCUCCCUGAAUACACAAAAAUCAUUUUCAGAUGGACUUUAUAUGUAAAUGUAAAGAUAAGAUGGAAUAACUCCUGGACUUGGGGUAGGGGAAGAUUUCUUAAACAGAAUACAAGUGCUAACAGUAAAGAAAACAGAUGGUUAAAUUGGACAUUAAAAUUAGGAACUUAUAUCCAUAGAAGACGCUAUCAAAAGAGUGAGUAGGGAAGCCGCAGGGUGGUGGAACAUAUUUGCAAUACCUAGAGCUGAUAAAGGAUUUGGAUCUAGAAUUCAACAGUAGUGCCACUGCUGUUGCUUCAUAACAGAUUACCACACAAUAUUAUGAUUUAUUGUCUCACAGCUUUGGUAGGUCAGGACUCUGGGCACCGCUUAGCUGGGUGCUGCUGGCUCUAGUUCUCCCAUGAGGUUGUAGUCAGGCUGCCAGCUAGAGCUGUGAUGACUUCUGCGGGCUCCACUGAGGGGAGCCCCUUUCAAGCCCUCUCCUGGAAUUGUUGGCCGACCGUGGCCCCUGGCCACAUGGACCUCUCCAUGGGGCUGCCCCUUGGCAUGGCAGUUGGUUUCCCACAGGACCAGCAAGAGCAAGCGAGCACUCGACAGGGGUGCACAGUCUUUCCAUAACUUCACCUUGAAAGUGACAUGCCAUUGCUUCUUCCAUAGUGUAGUCAUUAGAAGGGAAUCAGUCCAGCUCACACUCAAGGGAAAGGGAUUAUACAGGGGUGAUUGUGGGGCCAUCUUGGAGGCCUCCUACCAUAGGAAUACAGGCAGAGGCGGGAAUAGAUGGAAAGAAAGGCAGCCCGGCAGCAUAGAGCCCUGGGUUCAGUCUCUGGACCUCCUCCGCUUCUGUCUCUUCCCUUAACCCACGAGCUCCCCCGGCAUGCUUCGAACACAUCGCUUCCUGCUUUCACAAAUGCCAGCUGGGUUCCUGUCACUCACAGUGAAAUGCCCUCCCAGCCCCUGGCCUGGUCACUGAGGAUGCAAUGAUGACCUGGACACUAUGCUGAACCUCAAGUUGCUUACAGCCUCCAGAGAGAGACAAGAGAGAAAAGAGGUGGCUCCCAAUGUAGUGUGGGCAGACAGAAAGGGUGCGGGACUUGGCGAACCAGGCUCUGACACAUCUCUCAUGGUGUUGGUCAACUUCCUUAAGUUCUUAUGGCCAUUAUAUUCAAAAUAAUAUUGCCCAUGAUCAAACCAAUAAAUACCAAUUGAGCACCUAUUAUACGCAAAGCUCAGCAUAAGACCUGUGAUACAGACCUGUGGGACAUUCUAAGAGGGGUGGGCGUACUUCUCAAAAAUAACAAAGAACACCUGGUAAACAUAAAAUGAAGUCAUAGGGACAACCUAUUCCUGUCUGUGUCUUUCUAGGAGAACACUUCAGCAUGGUGACUGAGAGCAUGGGCUUUAGAACCCCGGCUCUGUCACUGGCCAUAUGACCACUGGCCAUGUGACCUUUUGGGCAAAGUCACUUAAUCUCUGUGAGACUCAGUGUCCUCCUCUGUAAACUGGAUAAUAUAACAGCAUGUAUUUCACAGGAUUGUUAGGAAGAUUAAAUGAGUUGAUAUGAAUAAAGCACUUAGAAUAGUGCUUGGCACAUAGUAAGUCCUCAAUAAAUGUUAGCAAACAGUAUUAUGUCUAAACUAGAGGCCCAAUGCACAAAAUUGCAGGGUCUCUAGGCCUGGCCGACGAUCAGGGCAGAUCUGUGGGGCGACUGGCAGAGUGAUUAGGGGGCCCCCACUGGCACCUGCCUUGGCUGGUCUUGCGCCGCCCAUUUCUGCGGGGCAAUCAGGGGCUGGCACCAGCCCCACUCCCCAAUCGCCCCGCCACGGGUCGCCUUCCUCUGAGGGGUGAAUGGUGGGGCGAUUGGGAGGCCCCCGCUGGCACCCGCGUUGGCUGGCCUGGGGCCUGUGUCCUGGGGGCAGCUCCUGCAUUGAGCGUCUGCCCCCUGGUGGCCCGUGCACAUCAUAGUGACCAGUUGUUCCACCGGUGGUUCUGCUGUUUGGUUGAUUGGUAUAUUAGGCUUUUAUUAUAUAGGAUUGUAUAGAUUAUAAACUCUUCAAAAGCAGGAGGCCUCGCCUUCUUUGUAGCUCAGCUAACAUGUAGAGACCACUCUAGAUUUCUCUACUUGCUUGGCUCAGCAAGUAUUAAUUUAUUAGCAGAUGCAGGCAUUGUCUUGCUUGCUGCUUUCUCCAUCUGCUCUAAAUUUAGUACUAAAUAAAGACAGCUGUGGGGGUGGAGGAGGUUUUAGAGAUCUCCUGUCCAAAUACAUUGGGAUUUUGUUUUGUUCAAAAGCUGUAAUCCAAAGAGAGUUUAGCAGCAUCUGCUGAAGACCAUUUUUAGGCACGAUUUGCAGAAAUUUGUAAUGUCUAUUUACAUUGUUAUGUGCAUCCAUACUUUGAAUCUGCAGCGAUUUGCAUCUACUAAUAUCCUAACUGAUGUUCCAAAUUUGAUGCUAUUCUGUAUAUAAGCCUGCAUAAUUCCUGACUGAUUAUAAUGUAUGGAUAUUAAAUAAAUUUACUUAUGAAAACAA